GUACCGGAAAACGGCCGAGCCGGCGGCAAAGAUGCAGACGCCUGGAAUGUAUAACGUGUGUGAUUCGAAUUGCAGGUUGCAUCCGCAAAGAUACUAACGGCUUCCGCAUGAUUUAAAAGGUUGCUCUCCCUACCUUUUGCUCCCAUCCAAGUCAACUUCCCUCAAAUUUCUGCAAAACACCUCAGUUUCAACAUGGUGUCGUUCUCGGCAUUAUCGCCGUUGUCAUCUCGACAGCCCACCCAAAACCAAGGAUCUGCUGACGUGACCCCCAUCCUUGUCAAUGACACUUAUCAUCUCUUCCAUUUGACGUCGCCGCCUUACCCUGUUCAUCGACCAGAGAGACGUCGUUCCUACUGGUCACAUCUCCGCUCCAAGAACCUGGUUCGAUGGAGCCGAGAUAACUCCCCAGCCAUUGCUGUGGACAAUGAAUCUGUAAAUCAUGAUGCCAGCGGUUCUUGGACCGGCUCGGCAGUGAUUGGGCCUGAUGGGAAUAUGCAUAUUUUCUAUACAGCAUAUAACCUGUCCCAGGAUGGCAAGCAAGUGAUCAUCCAUGCAGCGUCCUCUGAUAUGGAGGGGUCAUCAUUUGUAAAGUUCCAGGAGCCGAUCUCUAUCAGUACUGAUUCAACGGAAAACCUUGCCUCAUUUGAUGAUGGUGACUUCCGUGAUCCAUAUGUCCUUUUCAAUGAGUACGAGCAGCAGUACUGGAUGCUGGUGGCUACACGCCUGUCCCACGGUCCUUAUUGGACCAGAGGAUGUCUUGCAUUGUUGAAAUCGACAAACUUGAGUACCUGGAACUUGGAACCAGAGCCGUUCUUUGCUCCAAAUGACGUAUUCCGCCCUGAAUGCCCAGAGCUCUUCUCACUUCCUAAUGGUAAAUGGUACCUCGUCUACUCGCGACUUUCUUCUCCUCACGCUGGGACUGUGUACCGGAUGUCCGAUUCUCUGUAUGGUCCCUUCCGGAAGCCUAAAGAUGGUUCUUCCGGGCGUUGGGAUGGGAGAAGAUGGUACGCAACAAGGUCCUGUCCCAAGGCCGGGGAUCCGUCAAAGCGCGUGUAUUUCGGUCGGAUAGCCGAUCGUUGCGACUCGGACCAGAAGUGGACGUGGGGAGGGGAUAUGGCGUACCCGCGACAAGUGUCCGCUACUGCUGAUGGAUCUCUCAGGAUUGAGCCAGUCGAGGAAAUCCUGUCAGAGUUCUUUCGUACAGAACCGGUUUUUCAGCGUUCAUACGUCAAGUUAAACUCUCAUGGGGCAGUCAAGAAGCACUUUCUGUACCCUUCCUCAGCAGAUAACGGGUUGCCGACUCUCAUGUCGUUCAAAUUCUCCUCGAGUGAUGUAGCAUCCUUUGGUGUUCUAUUCCAUGUCGAUUAUGAUCUUUCCGGCUAUUGGCUGCGUUUCAGUCCUACACAAACAGGGUCGGGACGACCAAUCUUUACCAUAUCACUAUCCCUCUGCCCUCCUUCACAGGAUGAGCAUUGGAGUGAUCAGUACAGGCUGUACCUUCCCCCCCAAGAGGUUGAUGGCCAUGAGCUAGUCCGGCAUGAUAAUGUUUCUAUCGAACAAAACGAACCUGUCAAAUUUCUCAUGGUAGGAGAUACUCUAGAAGUUUUUGUGGGUGGGAGAGCGAUCAGUUAUCGUUUUCAGCCGAAUCGCCACGGUGCUAAAGGAGGAAACCUGAGAUACGGGCUGUUUGUAGAUGACGGCGAGGUCAUUUUCACUUCAUUUUUCUCAGUUGUUAGUAGUAUUUUAUCACCAUAACAUGAUUCUCAUCUUUUC